AUGCAAAUCCUGGGAGGCUAUGUCAUCCGGAGGGAAGCUGCUGAGUCUAUUGAAGUUGUUGCAACUCAACCUCGGCUUCAACAAGCUAUGUGCCAUGGGGACGCAGGUAUCUAUCAGGCGGUCAUCCAUCAACGCGUCCCAUGCGACGUACAAGCUGCCUUCCUUGGCCAACCUUCGCCCAGAGUUCUGUUUGAAGCAGUCACACAUGUGAGUCGCUAUGCUCACCCGCGAACGCCGACAGGGUUUACUUCGGAUAAAGUGAACGCUCUCAAGGCGGACCCGGUGAUUGACCAAAAGCUACCCGACAGCAGUUCUUUGACACCAUUGGCACAAUUGAGAUAA